GAGCAAAUUUGAGAAGAGUAUUGAUUUGGAUAUGAAACUAAGUAAUAGUUUUAUAAACCCUGAAUUCGAGAUUAAAAAAUUAAUGAACUUAGUUGAAUUGCAAUAACAUGAAAUAAAUAAUUAGAAGCGUCGUUUCGAAUAAUCAGAGGCACGAGUAUCUUAUUAAACUAAAAUUAGUGUAUAUCUUCAACUUCAUCUAAAACAAUAAAGGAAUAUGAAAUCCAUAUAGAUUAAUUAACAAAAGAACUUAAAACCACAUAUCUAUCAAUAAUGAUUUAAGUAAUGAAUUGA